GUGAGGAAACAGAAUGUCAGGGAAGGAAGCGCUGAAGUCAGUGGGAAAGCAGAAUUUGCCUAAAGUCUGCAGAGCUCAUUUCUGACCUAUUCUCUACGAGGUCUGAGGAUCAAAACAGCAGGCAAAUAUCUGACAAAAGGAGAUUUUUUUUUUAGAUUUAGUUAGGAAGUAGAAACUCAACCUUCACUUGGACACCACCCUCAAUAUCUGUAUUUUCAAACAGAGAAGACAUACAUCAGGAGAAAAUUCUUGAAAUUCUCUUUGUCCCUGACCACUCACCGUUCAUCAGAGUCCCAUCAUCUGCUGCCACCUUCGUACUGCAGGGAGGACACAUCAUCAGGUUUACCACACAACCACAAGGAAAAUGAGUCUGUCACAGAAUGGGACGCUGGGGAAGACAGUAUCUGUGCAGGCACCCUCUGAGCGGGGGUCCCCCUCCAGAGUGGGGUCAGGGAUCGUGGUGCCGCCUCCAUACUCCCUGGGUGACAGCGAAGCCACUGACACCCCCCUGGAGUUAAGGGGCUCUCUGGACUGCUGGGCAUGCUCUGUGCUGGUCACUGCACAGAAUCUGAUCAUAGCACUGAUCAACGCCGGGCUGGCCAGCAUCGUGUUCGGCACCAUCCUCACCCCUGCUCUCACCAUGAUCGUAUUCGGCUUUCUCUGCCACUCCACGGUGCAGCCCCAUGGAACAUCUCUGUAUUGCUCAGACCUGCUGGAUGAUGGCGGCUGCGUGGCUCUGCUGGUUGUGGGCUUUCUGCUGCUCACCCCUCUGCUGGUCCUGGCUCUCGCCGCCUACUGCCGCCUCGCCCGACACCUCCAGCUGGGCCUGUGUUUCAUUCCCUACAGCCGCGCUGUCUACAAGAACCUGCCGGCCUCGCGCCUUCGAGGGGGUGGUACAGGGGGCUGCUGUGGCCAGCCGGGAGCUUCAGAGAAGGAGGGGAAGGGUAGCAUAUGGGUGUAGGAGAGGAGAGUUGGGUUGUUUGAAUCUGUAUCUUUUUUUUAAAAGCAAAUUGCAGUUGUAUUUCUAUUUCUAAAGCCAUUGUAAAAAUAUAUCAUCUUUCAUCAUCUGUAGAGAUAUUUUGGAAGGCAGUAUCAGUCAAUGUAUUGAAUGUAUUUUAUACCUUUUUACAAUAAAGUGUCACUUGACCCGCCAA